CUGAUGGUCCCUGGUUCCAGCGUUGACGUGCGGCAGCGCCCCCAUGAACACCCGCGACAGCAGGGGGCUGGUGCAGUCUGCCGGCGUGUGGCCCUGGAUCGCUAGCCUGCAGGUCAACGGCACGCACAUGUGCGGCGGCACCCUGGUGACUGCGGAUGCCGUCUUGAGCGACGCCUCAUGCUUCACCAUGUACCCCAAUGCCUCCUACUGGACGGUUGAGUUGGGCCGCCGGAAUCUGAACGGCCCCAACUCCUUCAACAUGACCCUGGGGGUGAAAUCCAUCACCCUCAGCAAUCUCACCGGGGACAACAUCGCCGUGCUCAUGCUGUCCAGUCCACCGAGGCUCUCGGACUACAUCCAGCCCAUCUGUCUGGACCAGGGGAUGGGCAGCUUCCUGAACAACACUUACUGUUGGAUGGCAGGCUGGGGCAUGGGCCAGGGAGGCGCCCAAGAAACCCUGCAGGAGUUCAACACCACGGUGGUGGGUUGUAGCAACACGUCAUCCAGUGACUACAUCUGCACCGAAGCGCUGACUUUGAGACAGGGUGACGCCGGAGGCCCCCUGAUGUGCAAGAGCGGCAACUCUUGGACCCAAGUGGCCGGGCUUCCCAACGUCAUGGGCAACAGCAGCAUGGUGCGCUCAGAGAGAGCCGCCGACCAGUCCAUGUUCACCUCCACAACGCGAUUUGCUAGCUUCCUGAGGGAAACUCUGGGGAGUCUUCCGUCCCCCGCCAGCGCCACCACAACCACCGCCCCCACUACCACCACUGCCACCACCACCGCCACCACCGCCCCCACCACCACCACCACCGCCCCCACCACCACCCCCACCACCACCCCCACCACCACCACCGCCCCCACCACCAGUCACGCGUCAGACGCAGGCUUCUCCAUGUCCUACCCCCUCCUCCUCUCCUCCAUCUACCUCUUCUCUGCGCUGGUCUAAAGGUAGCGUGGCCUGGAAGGGCUCGACUCCGGUUCACGUUGUUUGGAUCUCAUGGAGGGAAGUAUGUGAUCAUAUAAAGAAACGAUCACACAGCAUCUUGUUGCUGGAGUCGGUGGAGUCUCAUCUUACACAUGAUAUAUAGUUUGUGUUGAUCAUAUUACCUUUUUGCUCUGCAUGUGAAGGUGCAGAGUUAUAAAUACAUAUCUCUUUUUGAUAUGUGCUUCUUAUUUUGUUUGGGGUUGGAAUUGUCUUUCGUUUAGCUAGCAAUGGUUAGGAGAGACUAAAGUUUGGGAAUGUAAUUACACUGGGGGUGUGUCAUAUGACCUUAACAAGCAGAAUAGUCAAUUUCAAAGUUUAAUUUUAAAAAUAAAUUCAGUUAAACAAGUUGAUCAUGACAAAUGAA